AUGAGCUCCGACGAUAGAGAUCAUUACUGGUUCAACCAUCAUGAACACCACUCCUUCUGGCCUAAUCCUUCUACUUAUGACCGCAACAGCAAGAUCAUGCUCGCAGCAGUCGUCUCUUUAUCAGCAGUUAUCCUCUUCGUCUUCAUUCUCCAUCUCUACGCAAGAUUCGUUCUCCGCCGCCGUAGAGACACUUUCCGUGGCCUCCCCGUCGUUGUACGCCACCCUUUCCAGACCCCAAAACGUGGCCUAAACCCAACACUCAUCGCUUCUCUCCCUACUUUCACCGUUGGAGCCGUCAGUGAAGAGACGGCAGCUACUGAAUGCGCCGUGUGUCUAAGCGUGUUGGAGGAGCAAGACACGGCUAGAGAGUUGCCGAGCUGCAAACACGUCUUUCAUGUUGAUUGUGUUGACAAGUGGCUCACCACUUGCUCCACGUGUCCUGUUUGUAGGACUGAAGUUCAGCCGAGGCCGAGACUUGAGCCUGAGCCGAGAGAGGGACCAGUGGGUGGUGACGGUGCCUCCUCACCACCCACUGCACCGCCGUUGGUCAGGAUAAACUUGUCGGCAGAGGCUGCUGCAUCUUCUUCGUCAGAUGACAAAACAGCUGUGUCGUCGGUUUCGAGGUUAGAUUCGUUUAGAAAAAUCUUGACAAGGGAAAGAUCUUCGAACAGGAUCAACCAUUCUUGUGUUGACCAAGAUCGUGUCUCCGACAAUGAAUCGAGAUAG